AUGGAACUCCAAAAUGCUUAUUUUCUUUUGUCACCCGGGUCGGCAAUUGUGGCUCUUCUCACUGCUGUAUUUCUAGCAACCCAAGCUUGGCCACACAUUUUCCGGUCGAAGAGGACAUUCAAACUCACAGAUGAUUGUCCAUUGACACCAAAUGAAAGGUCCUCAUCAGCAUUGAAUGUUUCCAAGGAGCCUGAGGUUCCAGAGGGAUGGUGGUCUAGCAAGGAGAUUUUUGAGCUGGAGAGACGGGGCCUGUUUAGCAAAUCAUGGUUGUAUCUUGCUCACAGUACACAAUUCAGCAAGUCUGGUGCUUACCAGUCCUUUAAUAUCGCUGGGUUCUCGAUCUUCUUAAUUCGGGGCAAGGAUAACCAGAUUCGUGCAUUCCACAACAUUUGUCGCCACCGAGCUUAUUCGAUAACCAAGAAGGAGACGGGUGCGUCUACAGUACUUGGCUGUCGAUAUCAUGGCUGGAGCUAUGACACAACCGGGAGACUGGUCAAAGCACCUCAGUUUGAUGAUGUGCCUGGAUUUGACAAAUCCGAGAAUGGACUUUUCGAAAUCCACACCCAUGUCACUGAUUUCGGAUAUGUAUUUGUUAAUCUUAAUGCUGGAAGUUGUCCCACCUUGGAUGAUAGUAAAAUCUCAGCUUUGAACGACUUUGUCCAUGCCGCUUGUCCAGGAAAGAAAUCAGAGUGGGUCACUGGAAAAACUUUGUCAGGGAACUUCAAUUGGAAAAUGACAACUAUUCCUAACCAUCACACAAAUAUCACUACCCAGCUAGAGGAACGCAUGUCCAAAGUUACUACUCCUUCUCUAUUCACUAAGGUUGUCCGUGCAUUGUCAAGUAAUAGCAGCCAUGCCUCCUGCUCUCUGUUUCCUGCCACCUUGUUAUAUUCAUUUGCAGAUUCAGAUUUCUGGAUUGCCUUGUCCUUCUUGCCUGUGUCUGAGACAAUAACUCAAGUCCGAUAUGAUCUAUUCGACGGCUCCCGCAACUUAGAAGAGACUAAGGAUACUCUGACCACGGCUCUUGAUAAUGUCAUGCAAGAUCUUGUGCGCGAUACUGAGAAUCACUUUCUAUCGAUUUUUGAUAUCGACACUCAAAUUUCCCCAAUCACACGUCAAGUCGUGGAUUGCUUGCAAGGGCAUUCAACACUGGAGAAAAAAACUGGAGGCCUAAUAUUUCCAGCCAUGCAUCAACCAAAAGGAAGUUCUCUAUUCCAGCAAGCGGAGCAACUGUGCAAAGAGAUCGAUUGUGCAGGAUCUGGUGCACCUGGGAAACUGGAAUGGUAG